AAUUAAAUGAUUUUCAAAAUACUAAUUUAUAAUUGCUGUUGGUAUCAACAAAGGUCACAAAGUUACCCCAAAGGCUGUUGCUCCAAAAAUUUCUUACAGUAAAGGUAAAGUUUCCAAGAGAGCUUUAUUUGUCCGUGAAAUUAUCAGAGAAGUUAGUGGAUUAGCACCAUAUGAAAGAAGAACCAUUGAAUUAAUUCGUAAUACUGGUGAAAAGCGUGCUAGAAAGCUUUGUAAGAAAAGAUUAGGAUCAUUUGGUCGUGCUAAGAGAAAGGUCGAAGAAAUGAACAAAAUUAUUGCUGAAUCUCGUCGUCAUCAUGGUCACCACUAA